GGCUGAAACGACGCACGCACACACUAGAUCUUACUAGAAUCUAUCUAAAAACAUCCCAUCGUCCAUUUAUCAUCGUCUCUCCCGGCCGGCCGGCCUUCUUCAUUCUUAUGCUCACUUCUAGCUCAUGAUAUGGGAGAAAUAAUCUCUAGCAUCCAGCAGUGUGUGUGACUGUGUGUCUCCAUUCACUGCUAGCUCCAGCGCCCGGCCUGUAGGGUACCUUGCUAGCUAGCUAGUAGAGCCAGCGGCUAGCCGGCCGGUAGUGGAAAGUAGAAAGAGUGAGCGCGCCACUAUGGACAUGGAGGCGCCCGUCGUCGCCGGCACUGCUCAAGGCGACCUCGCCGACGUCGUCGCCCGUGCAGGUGCAAUAAUGGCCGCAGCGCCGCCUUCAACGAGUCACCCCCGGCGGCCACCCCCUCCCUCAUCUCUUGCUGCAGCAGAUCACAUGUCGUCGUCUGCUGCUGCAAUGGCCGCCGGCCAGAUCAUGGUCCCUUCUUACGACGAGGAGCCACGGCCUGCUUGCAGCGACGCGGUCAUGUUCGAUCCGUACCUGCCGUCGUCGCCUGCGACGGCGCCACCGCGCGGCGGGCACUGGCUGCCGCCGCAGCAUCAGCUGGCGCUCCAGAUCUCCCAGCACGCCUGCUACGCCCGCGACGUGGCGAUGGCUGGUGCUGCCACCGAUGUCGACGGAGACGAGGCCAUGAGGAUCUCUCCAGCUGCUCAUCAAAUCAUGAAGAGAAAGAAUGAGGUGAAGAGGGUGGUGUGUAUUCCUGCCCUGCCGCCAACGAGCAGCCGACCAGGAGGAGGAGAGGUGAUUCCUUCUGAUCUUUGGGCGUGGAGAAAAUACGGCCAGAAACCCAUCAAGGGCUCUCCUUACCCAAGAGGUUACUAUAGGUGCAGCAGCUCCAAGGGAUGUAUGGCGAGGAAGCAAGUAGAGCGCAGCCGCAGUGACCCGAACAUGCUCGUGAUCACCUACACAGCAGAGCACAACCACCCUUGGCCAAUGCAACGAAAUGUGCUUGCUGGAUACUCCCGCCCUCAUACUCACACGUCCACCAACUGCAAGAAGAAGAACAGCUACAGGGACGUUGGUCCGAUAACUCCAUCGCCAUCACCGCCAUCGAAGAACAACGCCAACUAUUACUCCGAGCAUAAUGCGGUCUCCAGUGGCAACAACCUCGAGUGCCAGCAGACGACAGACAUGAUGGAAGCUAAUGCAGCUGGGUAUGUUGCCUAUACCAUAGGUGCUCUUGAUGAUGAUGAGGAUGUUGCGAUGCAUCAGCCGAUGAGUUGCAAUAGCAUCCAAACUGCAGAUGAGGUUUUCGCGGAGCUGGAGGAAUUGGAGCCUAGUAAUCCUGCAAGUGCAAACAUCUACUCUAGGGGAGUGAGUUACGAGUGGCACAAGUUCUAAUCGAUCAAGCAGGCCCAAGGUAUAAGGAAGGCUACAAUAAUAUAUGGCACAUAUGUUUGAUGAAAAAUAGGUUACAAGCUAAGUAUGCACAUGUUUUACUUAAUUAAUUGGUGUGACAGAAUAAUAUAUCUCUGUGCUUAUGAUUAAUUCAAAGCUAAGAUAUAUUUACAAAAUUAAAAAACAUAUAUGUGUUUACGAUAGUUUUAUUAUCUACAUUAUUUCCCCCUUAAUAAUUAGCAUGGAUCAUCUUUACUAGCACCUGUGUGGUUGUGUGUUCCAAUUCAAAGUACAUCAAACAUAUGUACACAUAUUCUGACUGCCUUUUCUUGGGAUGUAACCUGAGUCUUGCUGGCAUGGUUCUGAAGUACUA